AUGUCCUGCUCCCAGCACACCCACUGCUUCACGCACUACUGGCAAUCCGACCGCCGCUUCCAAACCUGGGACAACCACGAGCUGCAAUCCUACCUCCACACCGCAGGCUAUCACUUCGAGCACAACGCCAGCCACGCGCGCCUACAAUCUCUAUGCGCAAGAGCUGCCCGCGGCCUGAUGUCCUACGAGGGCUUGACCGCACCGCAGCUGCAGCGCCUCUGCACGAGAAGAAAAGUUUCCGUGCCGGUGAAGUUGACAGGAAGGAAGCUCGCCUUGCGAGCGCUGCUGGUGGCGGCUGAUGAGCGCCCUCGCCAGUUCACGAAGUUCACGCAACUCCCGACUGAGAUUCGAGUGAUGAUCUACUCCCACCACACCAAGUGGCUUCAAACGCGGCUGGGCUCCUGCGACAGUCAACCCGCCCGUGUCGCUGACUGGUCCUUCGUCGCACCACCGCCACCGCCGCUCGCUCGCGUCUCGAGGCAACUCCGCGACGAGUUCUUGCCUGAAUUCUACACAGCUGUAAACUUCCGCUCCAUCGCCUUGCCGGCCAACCCUCCCCAUGACCUUCCUCCCAGCGGGCGAGCGGUCUUGGUGGGGAUGUAUCGUCGACAUCACCCAAUUCCGCGUCUUGGCGCACUUUAA